AUGAACGAGGUCAAUGUUGAUUGGUCGCGUAUGGUCCGGGAAAAUCUUAUAGGGUCUGGGGUUGUCGACCAGGGCGCUAUAGUUGGACUCGACGGGAGUCUUUGGGGAAAGAGUGAUUGGCAUGUUACACAACGGGGGUUGGAAGAUCUGGCGAAGGCUUUUCAAAGCGUCGAGACAAACUCGAUUAAGCUCCUCGAUCCCGGGCCUACUUAUACCGUGACCGAAAUCAGCGGAGAGUUUUUCCACGCCAACCAGGGCAAUGAAGGUAUUUUCGCGUGGAAAACGGUUCAAGCAGUGGUGCUCGUCCACUACGCCGAAGGAAAGCAACCGGAGAUGGCUAAGAUGGCAGGUGGGGCGUUGGCUGACUACUUGAAGAGUAAUGAUUACUGA